GUCGUCCCCAUCGCGUCGCAGGAGAUGGAGUACCGCGUCGAGCUCUUCAACAAGAUGGUGAGCUCGUGCUACGAGAAGUGCAUGGACAAGAAGUUCAAGGACGGAGACUUAAACGUCGGGGAGGCGGCGUGCGUGGACCGAUGCACGGGGAAGUACUGGCAGACGGUGGGCAUCGUGGGCAGCAUGCUCGGCGCCGCGGACGCGCAGGCGCAGCAGCAGCAGAUGCGGUGA